AUGAUGGAGUAUACUAAAGUGAUAGAUAAAGAAAAUGAAGAAAUUAUUGCAGAAGAUAAAAUAAGGAAAAAGAAACUUGGAAAAGUAGAGAAUGCAAGGGAAAGGAUGAUAACAAAACUGUCAAAUGAAAGAAAAAGUGAAUUGGAAAAUGUAGAGUGGGAACAAGUCUCAAAAGAAAACUUUGUGAGCAGUCAAAAGAAACUAUUGGAAGAGCUUGUUGAAGAUGAAGUACAAAUCAUCCACAUAGAAGAAAUGUUCCAAGGUAAUGAAAGAGCAGUUGAGAAUAGGGGUGGUAAAGUUGAGAGGGAAAGGAAGAAAAAGCUAAAGAGAUUAAAGAGCAGAGCAAAACAGAAUACAAACAUGGAAAAUGUAUCAUAUGGUCCCUUGAGCAGAGAGGUUGCUGAUUUUGAUGGUAACAAUAUUGAACAAAGUAAUGAAAAUGAAACUAUAGGAAGAAUCAAGAAAAAAGUUACCAAAUUGUUAAUUGACAGUGAAGAGGAAGAAUUUGAAAACGUCAAUGGAAAAGCAAGUGGUGAACUGGUUAUAAAUAGUGAUAUGAAUAAAUUGAAUUGGUGUAUUGAAGAUGAUUCUGAAGAAGAAGAUGAAGAAGAUAAAAAUUUUAUUGUUGAUGAUAAUUAUGUUAGUUAUGAUGAAAAUGCCACAAGUGAUGAGGAGUAUGAAGACACCGAGUGUAGCAGUGAUGAUGACAGUGGUAGUGAUGAUAAUGAAGACUGCACUGAAGAAGAAGAAGAGGAGGAGGAGGAAGAAGAAGAAAAACUGCAAUGUUUGACAGCGAGACAGAGAAAAAAGAGAAUGGCAUUGCAAUUUUUUGACAUGGAAGCAGAGGAAGGGGAAGAGACUGAUAUAGAAGAUGAAGAGGAAGAGACAAGUAGUGAAGAUGAUGAUAGUGAUGGCAAAGAUGGUGUAGAAGGAGUAGAACAGUUUAUUGAUUCUGAAGCAAAAGAAGAAAUUACAUUUUUGAGAAGAAAGAAAAAAGUUCAAGUAAUUGAUAGUGAAGAAGAAGGAGAAGAAAAAGAAGAAGGAAAAAAGCAGGAAAAGUGCCCCCAAGCAGAGAGCCUAGAGAAAACUAUGCAUAUUAUGAAAAAAUUAACUAGGAUUAUGACAGUAGGUGUUUUGAAAGGUAAAACAAUAAGAAAACAAAAAACAAUUAUCAGUAAAGAAAUUGAAGACAAAGAGCAUGAUUCUGAAGUAAGAAUCAGAAUGAAUGAAUCGAAUGACUUCACUGUAAGAGCUGUAAAAGAAAACAAAAGACCUGAUGGAAAACGUGCGAGUCAGAAGAGAGAGGAGUUGCGAAUUCAGCUGAAAGUGGGGGAAGAAAUUAGAGACAUAUUAGGGGAGGAUAAAUUAGGAAAGAGAAAACGAAGAAAGAGUGCUACAGAUUGGGGAAGGGGUUAUGCAAGUGAUUCUGAGUAUGUAGAAGCCAAAAAACCAAGGGUGGAAACAAAUAAUUUAUUUCAAUUGUAG